GCAGCCGGGGCGGGCGGUGCCGUGCCGUGCCGUGCGCCGUCGCUGGUGGCUGGCAGUUUGCAGACGCUCCCUCGCCCGCCCGCCUCCAGGUGGCCCGGCCCCCACGGCGGCCGCGGCGGCCGCCCCUCAGCCCGCGCCGGCCUCCGCCGAGGACCAUGGGCGAUGCGCUCCUCCCGGCGCGGCAGGCUGCGCACGGGCGGCGGCGAAGGAGACUGCAAGAUGUGAUGUAACAGGCUGAUUUGUGGUUAAUAGCAGUGAGUGAGACUGGAGCCUGGAGUAUCUGCUUGAUGAUGGAACUGAAAUACGGAUAUACGUUGACUAAGGAGUUGGAAUAAGACUGAGUCCUGCUCUGUGAUAUUUAUAUACCUGGACCAUGAACUUGCAGUUUGGCUUCAUGCUUUAGGAACCUUUGUAGUAACUGUGUGCAGCUGUUGGGAAUCAUGGCAUUCUCUCCAUGGAAGCUGUCGUCUCAGAAACUCGGCUUUUUUCUGGUGACUUUUGGUUUCAUUUGGGGAAUGAUGCUUCUGCAUUUUACUAUUCAGCAGCAAACACAACACGAAAGCAGUUCAGUCCUGCGUGAGCAAAUUUUGGAUCUCAGCAAAAGAUACAUCAAGGCAUUAGCCGAAGAAAACAAAAAUGUGGUUGAUGGGCCUUAUGUUGGGACAGUGACAGCAUACGAUUUGAAGAAGACACUUGCUGUCUUGUUGGAUAAUAUCUUGCAGCGCAUUGGGAAGCUGGAGUCCAAGGUGGAAAAUCUUGUACUUAAUGGAACAGGAGCAAACUCUACCAACAAUACUAGUACUCCUGCUCCCGGCUUAGGAGCAGUUGAAAAGCUUAAUGUAGCAGAUCUCAUAAACGGAGCCCAAGAACAGUGUGAAUUGCCUCCUAUGGAUGGUUUUCCUCACUGUGAAGGGAAAAUAAAGUGGAUGAAAGAUAUGUGGCGAUCGGAUCCCUGUUAUGCAAGUUAUGGUGUAGAUGGGUCCACAUGCUCCUUUUUUAUUUACCUCAGUGAGGUUGAAAAUUGGUGUCCUCGUUUACCUUGGAGAGCAAAAAAUCCUAAUGAAGAAACUGAUCAAAAAACAGUGGCUGAAAUUCGUAUCAACUUUGAUAAUCUCUACAAAAUGAUGUCAAGACAUGAGGAAUUCAGGUGGAUGAUGUUACGCAUCAGACGAAUGGCUGAUACCUGGAUUGAAGCAAUUAAAUCACUUGCAGAAAAACAAAAUUUGGAGAAGAGAAAAAGAAAAAAGAUUCUUGUUCAUCUGGGGCUUUUGACAAAAGAAUCUGGAUUCAAGAUUGCAGAAAAUGCGUUUAGCGGUGGCCCACUUGGUGAAUUAGUCCAGUGGAGUGAUUUAAUUACAUCUCUCUACUUACUGGGCCAUGACAUCAGGAUUUCAGCUUCACUGGCAGAGCUCAAGGAGAUUAUGAAGAAGGUUGUAGGCAACAGAUCUGGCUGCCCUACCCAGGGGGAUAAAGUUGUAGAACUCAUUUACAUUGAUAUUGUGGGACUCACUCAGUUUAAGAAAACCCUUGGUCCAUCAUGGGUGCAUUACCAGUGUAUGCUAAGAGUUUUGGAUUCCUUUGGAACUGAACCAGAGUUUAACCACGCCCAUUAUGCCCAGUCUAAAGGCCACAAGACACCAUGGGGGAAGUGGAACCUUAAUCCACAGCAGUUUUAUACCAUGUUCCCUCACACUCCAGAUAACAGCUUCCUUGGAUUUGUGGUAGAGCAGCAUCUGAAUGCCAGCGACAUUAGACACAUUAAUGACAUCAAAAGGCAGAAUCAAUCUCUCGUUUAUGGCAAAGUAGACAAUUUCUGGAAGGAUAAGAAGGCUUAUCUGGACAUCAUCCACACCUAUAUGGAAGUCCAUGGAACUGUUCACGGAACAAGCACUAUUUAUAUUCCUGGCUACGUAAAAAACCAUGGUAUACUCAGUGGGCGGGAUUUGCAGUUUCUGCUGAGAGAAACCAAACUGUUCGUUGGUCUCGGAUUUCCAUAUGAAGGGCCAGCUCCUUUAGAGGCUAUUGCUAAUGGAUGUGCUUUUCUAAAUUUAAGAUUUAACCCACCGAAAAGUAGCAAAAACACAGAAUUUUUCAAAGGCAAACCUACACUCCGAGAGUUGACAUCUCAGCACCCCUAUGCGGAAGUUUACAUCGGGAAGCCCCAUGUCUGGACAGUAGACAUCAAUGAUCUUUCUGAAGUUGAGAAGGCCGUGAAGUCAAUUUUGAAUCAAAAGAUUGACCCUUAUUUGCCCUAUGAAUUUACAUGUGAGGGAAUGCUUCAGAGGAUGAAUGCGUUUAUUGAAAGACAGGAUUUCUGUCACGGGCAGGUGAUGUGGCCCCCAUUAAGUGCCCUUCAAGUAAAAAUUGCUGAACCAGGAAAAUCCUGUAAACAAGUUUGUCAGGAAAGCCAGCUCAUCUGUGAGCCUUCCUUCUUCCAGCAUCUUAACAAGGACAAAGCUCUGCUUAGGCAUAAUAUUGAAUGUCUCACCAUGGAGUCUGUAAACGACAUUCUAGUCCCCUCUUUUGAUGGGAGAAGGAAGCACUGUGUUUUCCAAGGUGACCUCUUAUUGUUCAGCUGUGCCGGAUCCCACCCGACCUACAGAAGAAUCUGCCCCUGCAGAGACUAUAUCAAGGGGCAGGUUGCGCUUUGUAAGGACUGCCUAUAGCAGCAGCAGAGCUUGUUUUGAGUUGAGGACAACAUGUAAGUAGUUUUGAGAGGAGCUACUUAUUACUUCCUGCACUUUUGUCCAGUUUUUUUGCUGCAGGCAGAGCUAUCAUUGCUGGGCAGAAUUAUCUACUAAGAGAGGAGGGAUUCGUAAUAAACAGCUAACUGAUCUUUUUUUCCUAUAAGAACAUUUGCAGUGUAACUCUUCAGAUUCCUUCAUCUGUUUGCGAAAAGAGUUUCGUGUUCUACAGUGAUUUGAAGAUGACUGCACAGAAUAGUUUGUAGAAAAUUCCCAGACCCAUCAAACUGCUUUUUGUUUGUUGUUUGGGUGAAGUGUUUUCUAUUUUUUAAUGAGUUAGGACAUGCCCCAUCACGGUUAGCUAAAGGAUCUCAACUUCAUUCCAGUAGAAAAUUCAAAAAAGUGUGCUUGAGGGAGGGGGUGCAGGGGAGGGCGGACUAACAUUUUAUUUUAGGUGCACUGUUUUGGGUACUGCUUUAGCUUGAACGGCUAUAAAGUGGUGUACUUUGCAAGAACUCAGAGUCACAAGAUAGCUCUGUACCCUGUUAUUGGGUUAUCUGGGCCCAGUUCUUUGUUUAUUUUUCUGUGUUUUGGGUUUUUUUGUUUUGUUUUUUUAAUCUUUGUAUACAACAAGGUAUUGUCUGCGUCACAGCCGCCACAUCAGAGCAGUCUGGACAGAGUGUACCACGAACGAGCAAAUAGGCAGUUGCCAGCGUGUGACACAUCAUCUUGGUGACUCGACAACUGACUAGGGUUGUGGCAUUCUCCAGUGUGGAAAAGCUACAAAACUAUGCUGCCAUUUUCAGAAUGGACUUGUCACAGUUUGCUGGUCCCAUUUAGAGAGUAAUCCUUGGAAUUUGCCCAUGCUUCUGUUGUAGUCUGUCUACUAGAAAUACUGUGUGAAGCAAAAAGUACUCAGCAUCAUCGGAGCAAUAUUAUCGUUAGAGCCUCAGUUUGCUACAGCUUCCAGUAGUUAAAGUGUUGCUGAAUGACAUAGAAAGGUUAAACUAAGCUAACUAUAAUUAUUGUAUGGUAGAAAUGUAAAAUGUCCUCAUAACUAGCUAGGUUUUUAAAGAGAAAUUUUUUCUGAAGAACAAGUAAGAGGGGACGAACAACUGCUAAGAAAAGCAUUGAUCAGUCUCGUGGGUUCUCGGAUGGAUUAUUUUUAUGUUUCGGAGGGAGGGGUUGUUGCUUUUUGGUUUGUUUGGUUUUUGUUUGGGUUUUGGGUUUUUUGGGGGGGUUUUUAGCAGGCACACCAGUUACAAAUUCAGGGAAAAAAACCCAAUUCAAGAAUUUAGAAUUCAAAUCAAACUUCAUUAUUUUUUAGAGCGGCAUGUUGAUUAUUCUAAACCGCCUUCUUUUUAUAGCGGUAAUCUUUGUUAUUUUCAGCAGAAGGUGGCAUGCUUGACAGCACCAUUUGUAGUCAGGAAAUGAUACGCUAAGGUUCUUGAGACACAAAUCUGCAGUGUAUUUUGAAAGCAGUCAUAGUCUGCAGGUUUACAGUUUGGAUGCGCUCUGAUCAUACUGGAAAAAAACUCAAAUCAACAUGGAAGUUUUUUCCAUAAAGAUUAACAAACAUUACCAGUUAAUAGUGAAAAGCAUAGAUAUUUGAAAUUUUCCUUUCUUGGAUAUAUCUGGUUGGUUCAGAUUUUUUUGUAACCAGCAUUCAUUAUCCGAGUGUCAAUAUUGGUGUAUCUCUUGACCUACCAAAGACCGAACAAGGGAAAUGCUAUUUAAUCUUGGAUAAUUUCUCAAUACAAGAGAACAGAACAGUACACAUUUAAAGUUUCAAUUUAAAAGCAACAAAUCAGUUUUUUCAACUUCUUUGUUUCCUGCCUCAGCACUCCGGACGGUGUUCCCUGUAACACUCCAUGACGUUGCUGUGGACUACACAGGAGCUUAAUCCUGAGGGGUCUUUGAGCAUCCAAAAAGGAUACUUGGAAGCUGUUGAGCAGCAGGGCCACCAGUAACUGGGUCGUGAUGAUGAUAAAAUCCACUGUAUUUUAGAGUAAUUUUCCAGAAACAGAACAGCUGGGCUCUAUAAUGGGAGGCAAACUUUUUGUAUUAAAAGCAAACAAAACACAAACUAGUAUGAAAAUCCUUACUGUUACACAGCUCAGUAUUCGCUUCAGUCAGCACAAAUGUAGUUUGUUGUAGUUUUAAUGCCCUGGAAAAGCCGGGGGAGGAGGAUUGGAAAUGGGUCUGAGCAGGCGCAGCAAUUCACUUUGUAUUUAUAUAAAAUACUCCCCGCAUACCUGUGCAUAUUUGUGCAACUGGGAAGUCCUGCGUAUUAAGACAUGUACACUAUACCUGGUGCUGAGAGUAAAGGCAAGAGCAGAAUCUGCCUUUACGCGUUCAGCCUGAAGUUCUUCAGGCAGGAAUUUAGUUUGGAAUGAGAUUAUCACAGAACUACAUCAGAAACAGAGAUUUGUACGUGUGCACUUGAAGAAUGCAAAACAUGUAGUUUUUGCUGUAGUGUAAUUCUUUGCUGUAAAUACAUAUUUGCUUGUUUCCCGCCACUGUAUAGUCCACACGGCAUACUGCUUUUUAUUUUGGCUCUAAACCUUUAAAGACGGGAGAGUUUUGGUAUUUGUUAGUAUCAGGUUUUCUGGUCUAGUGCUUUGCUCAAUGCUAAGUUUGCCUUUACCACAGCAGGGAGAGCCUAUUGUAAGCUCUGGUUUUCUCAUGCUGUAGCACUGUUUCUUUCUAGUCUGCUGAACUGAAUUACUGCGUACUGGCAAAAAUGAAACAGCAAGCACCAAUGCUGCUUGCAUUUCAGCCGGGGGCAGAACACCUGAAUUGGCUUUGGGAUUGGUUGGAUCUAUAAAGAAGACUCACUCAUCUUAAAGAAACAAAGAUUCAAGACCUAUAAUUUGAUAGGCCUCUAUUAUUGACUUUGAACUCUCUUUUCAGAAGCAAUAUCACUCUUAUGAAAUACAGCUUCAGUCUAAAUUUCUGUAAAAGGAGACUAUAAAUGAGAGCUGUAAGCGCAUAAACUUAGUAAACAUUAGGGACGAAACCCAGCAGGGCACUCCCCGGUCACGUAGCAGUGGUGGUUGUACAUUGAUGAACAAGUGAAUCCUUCACAGAUAAGCACUCGGGCAAAUCCAUGUGGGACUAUUCAAAAGUGAUUUACUAAAACGUAGAAUAGAUACCCAUGAUUCAGGACAGAGGGCAGCCUUCUGCCCAGGUUCCGUAACGGUUUACCCCCCUAAUUAAAGAGUAAAGGUAUGGUCCAGUUAUUGCACUUAAACGAGGAUACUGGAGACGGGACUGUGCUGCUGGGUUUCGGUCUGUCAGUAAAGCUUGCAGCUUCCUUUACUCAGAAAUCAGGUUUUUUGCAUGACUUGCAUUUGAAUAUAUUGAUCAGCAAUCGAUGGGGAAAAAAUGUCAAAAGUUGAAUAUAAAAACAUUUUACAAGCUUUUAAACAUAUCUCUCAUAUCAAGACAUUCUUUGUUUUAAAAUUUUGUAUUUUUAUAUGUGACCUAGGUGGUUUUGUUUUGUUUUUUUCUCAAAAAUCUUGUUCCUACGAGAUGAGAAAACUUGAGAGAAGCAUUUACAUAUUUAUUAAAAUUAACAUAAAAGGCUUGCCUUUGAAAGGUAAAGUUGGUAAAUACACACUGUUUAAAAAUGCCAAUAAAAACCUCAUUUAUUUCAUAUAUGCAAGUUGAUUUGCACAUGUAUAAAUAGAGUUGCUUUUUGCAUUUUUUGCUUAGUUUCUACGUUUCUUGUUGUAAUUUAUAGUUACAGCCAUGUGUUUGCUGGUUUCUAUCAGAUUAUGUUUCUCCUACAAGUAUUUAAUGUUUAUGUGCCUUUUUUUACUUUCUUUGGGGUUCGGAUGGGUGUUUGGAAUAGGGAUGCUGUCUGAACAAGUAUAAUGGAACACUAAUUACAGGUUAAAAGUGUGCUUGAUGAUUAAUCAACUUAACAGUAUGAAUUUUUAAUGUUUUUAAGUAGUGGAGAAAUCUGUUCUAAAACUAUAAGGUAAGAGUUAAUAAGAUAAAACUAUAACUUGCAAAAUACUGCUUCUGCAAGCAAAAGACCCUUUACUGGCAUGAGCGCUCCUGCUGGGAUGAGAGGUCCGUUUGAUGACCAGAGAGCAAACUAAAGCCGUGAGGAGACAAUGCUAACAGAAAACAGCUAGAAAGAGCCAUAUCUGGUUUGAUCAGCAGGAAAAUUGAAGAUACGCAGUAAAGUUUGUGAGCUGUUGCUUUUCUGGAUAAAGACGUCUGUACCUGGAAGCACACGGGAUGAUUCGUGCUGCUACCGGGAGAAUACAGUCCUUUUGUGACACCUGAGCUUACGGCUUUCGGUGGGGAGGGAACUCUGGAUAUUCAGCUUAUUGCAGAUGGUUUUCUUUUUAAUGCUACGACUUUUCUGCAAUAAGAGUAUUUUGCAAAAUAGCUGCUGAUCAAGUUUCAGCGGGAGAUCGCAGAACGGGGUUGUGGACUAGGAGCCAGGACUCUGCGCCUUCCCCGCUCAGCUCUGCUCCCGACUGCUUGUGCCGGCUUUUGCAGCUUGCUUAUUGACAAGCAUUCAGACUUGCUGAGCGAUUCUGUUGAUCGUGGCUGCAGAUCAGGUUGUUAGCCAAUGUCUUCUCUCCUCACUUAAUCAUGUCAUACUACGAUCCUUUAAUAUCCAUGUCCUUGGUUUAUCCUUGAUAUGAAAGACGUGCCCUUCCUUCUCCAAAAUGAGCGGCCCGUCUAAAUUACAAAGGUGAUUUACGAGUUUGCAGCGCUUUUCACAUAAACAAAACCCAGAUUGCUUUCUCAGGUAUGUAUUUUGCUCAUAGUGCAUUUCAGGACCAGAUUUUGCUAGUAAAAUAAAUUAAAUGGGGUGAAUCAGGCUGGAUACAAUCUCAUCCAGGUCUAAUUAACUUCAUGACUCCCACUAGCUUCAGCAAUAGUGGAACUCCUCCAUUAAUUUUUCUUCAAAUUAAGAAAGCGACUCUCCCUUUUUAAUAAAUACAAAGCACUGAAUCUUACAAGAAAAAGACCAAACACUUGCAGGUUAUCUUGUACACAUAUCAGCAACCAGUUUUGCCUGCUGUUGCAGCACAUAGCAUCUCUGACUAAGUAGAUGUUACCUGUUACCCAAAUAUCAGCUGAACACUUGGUUGAACAGCCGUUCCGCCUCCAGCCUGGAGCUGGAAGGGUGGGGUGGGGGGUGGUUUCUCAGACACUGUUACCAAGGUCACAGCCUCUCUUGGAGGGGUGCUAACAUUUUGGCACAGCUGUUAUUGUGAUGUUUGCCCUACCACUGCUACGCCUUCAACCUCUGACUUGCGAUCUCUUUCCAUUGGUAGUCCUCCGUUGGUCCUGUCGUCUUAGGGACCGCUGUAAAGUCAAGGAGAAUAAUGCACUGACAGGUGUACGCUUUCCUUCAGGCUGCAAAGGCCAGGGACAGAUAGGGUUUCAUUGAGAUACGCUUUAAUAAUCUUGCUGUAAAUGUAACAACAAAGCAUAUUGUUUUAUAGGCAGUGACUUAAAUCUUGUCUUCAUAUUUUUAAGCAGCUCAAUAGGGUUUUUCUUUUUAAGUUAGUCUGUAAUUUCCAAAUAUUAUAUUUAAAUGGAAUGUGUAAACAGCAAACUCAGUGUAUCAAGUGUAAAAUGUUUACUCUAGGAAUGUGUUGAAAAUACCAGAGGCUGAACCCCAGAGUGCCUCAGAUGUGAGGCAUUGUUCAUGUUCUUUCUUCCAGGGAAAAAUAACCAAAUGCAACGGUUGCCAAUGCGUCUUGCUUUUAUAGGUGUUAUCCCUUACACAUGCAUGUCAUUAAAACUAAUACUAUGUUUUAAUUUGGCAGAUCCCUCUCAACAGCACUAGGCCACGUGUUUAUUAAAUGCGUAAAUAAAAUCAGGUCCUCCAAGUUUUGACAAAACAAGUAAUAACUCCAUCUUCCACACACAGAAACUGCUUUAAAAAAAUGCAGCUGUAACGAAGUGAGUAACAGCCUCCUCCCUGCUGGGAGGGUGGGCGCGGGUGCCGUUAGGCCAAGGUGGGCUGUGCGCAGGAACAGAAUUUGUCACCUUGCGUAAGGGCUUGCAGAGCUGAAGCAUCGCAGACCCUGCUGUCCUCACGUUUCAGAGCAACAACCGGCGGCUGCUUCUCUGUAGAGGGAAAUAGGUCUCUAUCGCGCGGCACCGUCGUGCUUGCAAAUGCUAGCCCGGGGUCAGCGUGGCUGCGCGCGUGGCCGGUCACACGGUAGAGGCUCGGUCCUGCAGGAGUCAGCAAAAUCCUUGGCUUUAAGGAGGGCAUGUAAAUAAUGCAAUGGCAUUUACUGGAGCCAUCCAGGCGCUUGACAAAGGGCGUGCAACACGUCCUGGCUCAGAUUCCAGCAGCUGCAAAGUAGUUUGAAGUAUCAAAUAGGUACACAAUAAAUCAAGUUAAAUUGCUGUCUGAAGGCAGUUAAUUUUAAUAGGGUAUUACCCAGAACUAAUUUGUUACAUUCAUUAACAGCUCUGUUGCAGUACGGUGACAGUGAAAUCCGUUUUUUAGGAAAUCACAGUUUCAUUUGGUUUUCACAAAGGAAUACAGCAGAGGAGGAGGAAAUGGCAGUUUUUACCAAUGGAAAAAAGAAUAAACUUUAUGAAAAUUCUGAGGGAGCUAAAAGAAAAAUAUAAGGGAAUAUUUACAAAGCUAAUUUUGAGCUUGGAGCGGUUGAUCUCCCAGAGCUUGCUCGGCUGACCGCUGCAGGGAGGUCCUCCAUGGGGCAGUUUGGGGCAGCUCUUUGGUUUCUGGUCUGAGUCAUUCCCUGGAGGAGUCUCCCUCUCCCUCUGUGGGUGAAGGGGGUCAAAGUCUGAAUAAUCCCUGUAGCACUGUAAAUUGAAAUGAAAAAGCCUACUGAAAUCUGUAAAAAUAAAAAAAAAUGCUGCUUUUUGCAGGUAACAGUUUGGAGUCAAUGAGAGUUUUUAUACGUACACGAGAAGGUCAGGGUCAGGCUGGUACUAUGUGUGUUUGGCUUGAAUUCUCUCCUAAAAGGUUGAUCCUUUGUUUUAUUUAAAUGGUUGUGUUCCACUAUAUUACGUUCAAGCAGUUUGAUUCCGAAAGAACAGAACACAGUGGUUCUGAUACUGUCAAGUUACUGGGGUUCAAUAGGAUGGGAUAUUUUUAAUUUUCUUUUUCUUUUUAGAAAAGUAAAUGUCUGUACUUUAAUGGCAUAGAAAAAAUGCUUUGUUUUCACUGUUGUAGAAAAAAACUAGGGAGAACUUUAUUUUUCAAUAAACCUUUUUCUUGUGUGA